AUGAAAUGUGGUGUCAUCAUGUUAAUGGCACAAUUAGAUCAAGCGUCUCCAUUCGCAGUCCAUAAAGGAAGAAAAAUAAAAAUGCAUGAACAUCAUUACUGUGGGUAUCCAACCUCCAAAACACCACGAAGAAAGAUACAGACAGACCGGCGUGAUAAUACAAUGGUUCCAUUCAAAUGCUGGGUAUUGGCCGCACUCAGUGCAGCUCAGGGGUGGACUAUCGACUAA